GGAGGGGGUGCAAAGCUGCUGCAGAACAAUUCCUGCUCCCUGUCUGGGUUGCCAGUUUCAGUGGCUUCUCAGAGAGGCUGGGGGUUCAGUGCCCAGAGCCCGGUGAGUAAAGAACCCUAAGUGGUGACAGCCCAGCUCUGGAUAGAUGACAAACUUUCUCUCCUCUGGCAGAGGGUUGUCCAUUCCUGCUCAUGCAGGCGUCCUUCCCUGGGCAUCCCACUGGGUCCCCAUGGCAGGCACAUCCAGGGCUUCUCAGGAUGAGCUGGGCCAGGGGUAAGGCAGUGAGCCUCCUUAAUCUGAUUCACGAAUCAGCCUCUUCUGGCCAGUUCAGGGUUCUGAGGGAGAAGGAGCUGGAUGCAUUUCCAAGUUGGCUUUGCAAGGUGCUUGUUGGGGGUGAUACUCUGGUGAAUGAGAUUCCCUGUCAUCUGCAGCCAGCAGCCAGAACUGCCUGGGUGAUGGGGUCUGUAUAAAGUGCUUUGCAGUCUUGCUUAUGUCCAUUCUGGCUGGUGUGUGUGUGUGUGUGUGUGUGUGUGUGUGUGUGUGUGUGUGCAGAGGGAAAAAGAACUGGGGGCAGGGGGACCCGUUCAGCCAGAUUGCCCCCAUCAAAGCCCUUCCAGCAGCCCCAAGUGUCAUCACAGGAGCCGACUCACCUCCUUGGCAGAGACACUAGGAGAGGUGGGGAUCACUUUCUGUUCCUUGUAGCUCCUUAGACGAAAAAAAGAUUUGGAAGAAUUUUCCUGGACUGCUCAAUGAGACCAUUCAGAUUGGAGCCUGGGGAGUUACAAACUUUUGCAGAAAAGGGGUUGGAAUAGACAGUUGGAGAGGGGCUCCUGGCACUCUCAUCCCCAGCUCUGGGGAUGUGGGUGGUCCCCCCACACUCCAGGCCCCUUGAGGCUCUGCUGAGCCCAGCACAUAGCUCAUGAAUUUAGCUAGCUUAUUUUUCCUCCUAAUGAAAAACAUGCUCCAAAGAGGCCACCUGGUCUCCAAGGAUCAUUUUGGAGCCACCCUUGUGGUCACAGCCCCCUAGACGGCAUUGUGCUUCCUUGAUAGGGGUCCAGCUUAGGACUGGGGUCAUCUUGAUGGACUAAUUGGUCAGUGAAGCAGGCUGUGGAGGUGCUUCUGGCCAUGACCUGAAAGUUGGACGUAUUCCCAUGGCCCUGUGAUGGCUUGCUCCGGCUGGACAUCUGCCUCUAGGGAAUAGCAUUGCUCUUUGGUUCCUGGACAGUACUUGGAGCAUGAGGUGGGAGUCUGAGAACUUCCUGCCUUUGCUUGGGAUUCUGCCUGGGGCCAAGCUAGGAGCUGCUUCCCUAGGGACCUGGGGAUUCCUCCAGGGUGUCAAAAGCCAGUGCUUGAUGUCCUAGAAAAAAAUAAAUCUCUGGGUCAGGAGAUUGAACUUCAAGUUGGCUCUCAAUUUGCUGUGUGACUUUGGGUAAGUCACUAGACCUCUCUAGGCCCCAGUUGCUGCUUCUAUAAAAUGAAAAGAGUUCGCAUAAUUUAGUGUUUAAGAGAUCUAGGACUCAGAUCCAACUGAGUUUGACCAGUCACUUCACCCUCCCAACCUCGGUCCCUCCAAUGUAAAGUUCCUACUGCAAGUGGGCUGAGACAUGCAUGGAAAGUGCUUGGUGAGUGUAGUGAGACUGGAGCUGCAGAGAUGUGGUGGCAUGGCUCUGUUUUGGAGUCCUAUGCAUGGGCAUCAGGGUGCAGUUAUCCCCGGGGAGGCUGGCUGGCCCUGUCCCAUCUGAGCACCAGGUGAUCCUUGACUGGGGAGCAGAGACCUGUUCUUUCCAAUCACUCGACACCUGCAGUCCCCGCCCCCCCCGGCUGCUUCUUCAUAAAAGCGCUGCUGGACCAGCAGCUCCUAGUGGGGAGCCCCAGGCGGUCUGGGAGGACUGGAUGCAUGCAGCUACUGCGUCGCCAUGACAACAAGAGGUGGAGAUGGAAGCCCUGAGCCUUAAUGCUUGACCAGAUGAAAAGUUCGCCAGCUUCUGUUUCCACCAGGUGGACAUGUCAAGCUUGGUCCCCAGCUGAGGAGGAGGCCAGAAAGAGCCCUCAGUGAAAUAAUCCAAGCCCUAUAGGCCUGAGCAACUGGAAAAGGCAAGAAGUGAACGCCAGCUGCUAGAGAACCCUCGUAAAAUCCUCCUCCAAUUGCUAUUUUCAAAAUUCUUUGGGAACUCUGAGGCAAAGAACAAGAUGUAGGAAAAUGGAACCAACUCCUGGGUGUCCCAAACCUCAAAACCCCUUUCAUGGCUCAAAAAAAGCUCACUUUGGCCUCAGGAGAACUGGUGAACUCUGUCCUCCAUUCUCUUGGCUUCAGCCAAGUGCUGGACUUGCCUUCUUGCUUUGACCUUGGCAGUCACCUUCACGGAGGGAUUAAGACUGAAGACCCCCAGGGGCUCCAUCCCUAAGGGAAGCUUGAGAAACAAAGCCCCCCUCCAUUCCCUCCCUGACCUCGACCCCCAACCCCCAGCUGAACCCCAACGAUCCAGUCCGGAAUGAUCCCGCUAUGGCCAAGCUCUGGUUCAAAUUCCAGCGGUACUUCCGCAGGAAACCUGUCCGUUUCUUUACCUUCCUGGUGCUCUACCUGACGGCUGGGAGCCUGGUCUUCCUUCACUCUGGUUUUGUGGGUCAGCCUGCUGUCUCCCAGAACCAGGCCAACCCUGCCGUGGGGGCCCCAGCGGAGGGUGCUGAGUUGCCCUUUUUAGGUGACUUCAAUCUGGGCAGAGGCUUCCGGGACACAGGUGAAGCCUCGAGCAUCGCCCGCAGAUACGGACCCUGGUUCAAGGGCAAGGACGGGAAUGAGAGAACCAAGCUUGUGGACUACGGUGGAGCCUGGAGCCGGGCCCUCAAGGGGAGGGUCAUCCGGGAGAAGGAGGAGGAGCGAGCUAAGUACAUCGGCUGCUACCUGGAUGACACCCAGAGCCGGGCCCUUCGAGGUGUGUCCUUUUUCGACUACAAAAAGAUGACCAUCUUCCGUUGCCAAGACAACUGUGCAGAACGGGGUUACCUGUACGCUGGGCUGGAGUUCGGUGCCGAGUGCUACUGCGGCCACAAGAUCCAGGCGACGAACGUGAGCGAGGCGGAGUGUGACAUGGACUGCAAGGGCGAGCGGGGCAGCGUGUGUGGUGGCGCCAAUCGCCUCUCGGUCUACCGGCUGCAGCUGGCCCAGGAGUCGGCCCGCAGGUAUGGAAGUGCAGUUUUCCGAGGCUGCUUCCGCAGGCCUGACAACCUCUCCCUGGCCUUGCCCGUGACGGCUGCUAUGCCCAACAUGUCCGUGGACAAGUGUGUGGACCUCUGCACAGAGAAGGAGUACCCGCUGGCAGCCCUUGCUGGCACUGCCUGCCACUGUGGUUUCCCCACCACAAGAUUUCCCCUCCACGAGAGAGAGGACGAACAGCUCUGUGCCCAAAAGUGCAGCGCGGAGGAGUUUGAGAGCUGUGGGACCCCCAGUUACUUCAUCGUGUACCAGACGCAGGUCCAAGACAACCGCUGUAUGGACAGGAGAUUCCUUCCAGCCAAGUCCAAGAAGCUCAUCGCUCUGGCCAGCUUCCCAGGUGCUGGCAACACGUGGGCUCGCCACCUCAUCGAGCUGGCCACUGGCUUCUACACUGGCAGCUACUACUUCGAUGGUUCACUCUACAACAAAGGGUUUAAAGGUGAGCGGGACCACUGGCGCAGUGGGAGAACUAUCUGUAUCAAGACACAUGAGAGUGGCCAGAAGGAGAUAGAGGCCUUUGACGCAGCGAUCCUGCUCAUCCGCAACCCCUACAAGGCCCUCAUGGCGGAGUUCAACCGGAAGUAUGGUGGACACAUCGGCUUUGCUGCCCAUGCCCACUGGAAGGGCAAAGAGUGGCCAGAGUUUGUGAGGAACUAUGCCCCGUGGUGGGCCACUCACACGCUGGACUGGCUCAAGUUCGGCAAGAAGGUGCUGGUGGUGCACUUUGAGGACCUGAAGCAGGACCUCUUCGUGCAGCUGGGCCGGAUGGUCAGCCUGCUGGGUGUGGCCGUCAGGGAGGACCGGCUGCUCUGCGUGGAGAGCCAGAAGGACGGCAACUUCAAGCGCUCGGGGCUCCGGAAGUUGGAGUACAACCCGUACACGGCAGACAUGCAGAAGACCAUCUCUGCCUACAUCAAGAUGGUGGACGCGGCCCUCAAAGGGAGGAACCUCACAGGCGUUCCCGAUGACUACUACCCCAGAUGAUGGGUCAGAGGGGGGAAGGGGGGCUGGGAGUCCUGACCAAGCAGGCCCUGGGGACUUAAGAGCCCUGGGGAUCCCCACCCAUCAGUCCUGUCUUUGGUUCAGGGACAGUCCCCUUGGCUGCUCUUGGCCUUUGGUGAGUUUCCUGCAUGAUGAAGGAGGCUCGGAGAAGAGAUAUGUGGGCACCCCCACCUACUCACACCCCUUUGGAGAUGGAGGGACAGCUGGUCUGGGGAGUUCCAGCUACAUGGACCCUUCUCUGUCUCCCAUGUCCCUGCCCCAACUACUACUCUGGGCUCCACUUGUGGGAAGGAAGGCCCAUGGGUGUCCUGCAGACAUGAGUGACCCACCGCUGGUGUUGAGACCCCUGAUACAAGAGCUAAAGGCAAUGACGUAGAAAAAAGUGGACCCAGACUCUCUUCUCUGCUGAGCUGAGCACUCAUAACCUCCCCCUCUCCUCUCUACCCAGGAAGCACUGGCACCAAGUUUUAUCCGGGCCACUUCUGUUUGAAGAAAGAUUGGGAAAUUUCUCUGUGGCCUUAGGUUUCUGACAGUCUGGGGGUGGGGGUGGGGGGCAGUGGUGCUCAGAGUAGGACAAUUGGCACCACCACGUGGGGUCACUAGCCUCCCAAGCCCACCCCCAGGUCAUCCUGCUCCUGAGAAACAAUCUGGUUGCCUGUCCACCUCUAGGGCUGGGAUUCUGCCCUUGUCCUCCCCACUGUAUCCAGGAGGUGACCCACUUCCAAGAUUCCUCAGGCACCAACAGUUCUCUUGCCAAGAUGGCCAUGUGCCAUGUGCAGAAUCUGAGCAAGAACAAGAGCCCUGAUAACACAUCUCUUCAUUGUGGGGUCCAAUGCACUGGCCUGACACUGCCCUUCCGACCUCUACCAGUGGGUCUUUUUCGAUCCAAGCGAGAAAAUAAGAGUGCUCCAAAUCAGGUGGAACCAUGACCAAAAGAGACCCCCACUAUCUUCCAAGACCACUGACCUCCCUUUGAUCAUAGUCCAAUGCGGCCAGCUUUCCCUGGGAGCCCUUUAAGGAAUGGGGUGAAUGGGAUGGUUCUUCAUGUUCGUACAAACGCUGCUCUUUUUUAAAAAACUUUAUUGAAGUGUAGUUGAUUUACAGUGUUGUGUUGAUUUCUGCUAUAUAGCAAAGGGACUCAGUUAUCUGAUGCUGAGACAUCAAACCAAAGGAUUCCCAAGGACUCGAGUCACCGAUCAUCUGUCUUAGAAAGCACUGAUCCAGGAUCUCAUCUCUCCCCCCACAUUGGGUACCAGAGGUUUUGCAUCCAGCGCACACCUGCGCACCUGCACCAUCCCCCACCAUGUAGAUGCAAAAGCCAUAGAUCACAGGUCUCUGCUGUUCUGUCUGGAGCAGCGCCAUCCCUCCAGGAAGACCCCUCUGCAGCCUUGGCAUGCGGGUAAAUGCCCAUUCCCAGAUAGCCAAGAGACUAUGGAGAAGGCAAGUGUAAAGAGAUAUAUUUUUUUAAGAGGAAUAUAACUAAUACAUUCCACCCCCUUGGAACCUGGCCAUGCAAAGAGAAGGGCCUGGGGAUGAGACCUAUGAUUCUCUUCCCUGAUCUCUUCAUCUAUAGGAUUCAGGUCACCCCAGGGCCAGCCAGGGGGUUCUGAAUCUAUUUUGUACCAUGUUUCUUUGCCCUGGGCAAAUUUCUAGCCUUCUUUCCCAAAGCAGUAGAGGGCUUGGCCUCCCCUCCCACUUAGAGGUAAGCUCUCUCUGGAGGACUCUUUGUCUGAGACCUGGGCAAGCUCUUUGCUGGUGGUCACCGCAAGCCACCAGCCUCUGAAGAUUCCUCAGGUCAACAUCAUCAUUAAAAGCAAGUUUUGUUGAUAAUUCUACCAUGUGGUAGAGUUUUGUGUAAGGCCAGGUCACAAAUGGGAUUUUUUCUGGUGUGUGCGUGUGUGUGUGUGUGUGUGUGUGUGUGUAAGAGAAAGAGAGACAGAGAAUGUUCUGGGUGCCUCAUUGCUUUUGUGUCUGUGUAACUACCUGUGAACUGUGUGGCUUGGUGUAUAAAACUGUCUCUGCCUCUGUGUUCACUUGCUCUUCUGUGUGGUGAGACUGCAUCCUCAAGCUGGUGUGAUGACUGCCCCACGUCUGAUGUGUCUGUGUGCCCUCUCCAAAAAGUCCCAUCCAUGCAUGGUGACAGCAUGCUGGCACCUGAGGAGGAAUGAAAGCUUUGCAUUCCAGUGUUCUCCGGAGCAGGGGACACUUCUGGCCUGGAAGCCAGAACAUUCAGGCUCUCAUCCCGCUGUCACCUCCAGUGCAUUGUGGCUCCAGGACUCAAGGAGAACAAGCAGGGCCCAGCAUCUGCUGAUGGCUGGGAUUUCCUCCUGAUUUCUCCAGGAAGCCCAGAGGCCGCUGCAAGCAUAUUCCUGGUGGGCAGGGUGGGUAGGAGAGAGAGGGGAGGCAAAGGGCAUGCCAGGGGCAAGGUCCUUCUGGGACCCAGCUCCUCCUAGAGGCUUUCUUCCCUUCCCCCUGUCUCUCUUGCUUUGGUUUGUUUUCUCCCCAUCUCUUUGCCCCCCAACUAUUUUUCUUUAAAUUCCUCCUGCUCUCAAUUUCCCUCUUUGUGGUCUCUUUUAUUUCCUCCAACUGCUCAUUAAACCUCAUUUCUUUCUUCUCUCUCAUUUCAUUACUAUUUCUUUCUUGAUUUCUACUUGUUUGUGCAAGUAUCUCUCUAUCUCUACCUCUUAAUCUGUCUCUACCUGCCUCUUGCUCCCUCUCUCCCCUUCCUCUCCCCACCCCCAUCAUCCUCUCUCACCUCCUCCUUCUCAUCUUCCUGGAGAGUGGGGGCGACUCAGUGGGAUCCAGACACAGUGAGACAAAUGCUACCCAGGCCGGUAACCAAGGAAGUGGUUUCCUUAGCAACAGAAUCUGCAGGCACGCGCUCCGCUGCCCAUCCCUUAAUAAGUAUGGAGGGUGGGGACAAGCCUGGAGAUAGGUCAGUAAAGACACUGCUGUACUGGUCUUCUUGACAGGGGACAGUGGUCAGGGACUAGCUCAAUGCCUGGCACUUUGGGAAUGUUUAAAAAUAUGAGAGUUGGAGGGGUUGUGGGGUCAGAGAGAGGCAGAGAGAGUAGAGAUAGCUGGGGGAGGAAUCCACAGAACUUGAUGACAGACUGGAUGCAGGGAGGGGGAGGUGGCAAAGAAGCCAAAGGGACACCAAGAUACUGUCUGCGCAUCUCCAGAAAGGUGUCUUUUGAUGGAGAUGGAGAACAUGGAACCGAGGCGCAGAUUGGAUGGGGUGGGGGAAGCUGACAUAUCUCCAUGUCCCGAAGAGCUCACCAUCCAGUUGGGGUGACAUUGGGAGAGGGAACGUGGAAACAGACACAGAAAUAUCUCAAUUUUUUUCUAUAAAUUGGCAAUAGGGAACCCAGGAGAAAAAGCACAGCACUGAGGAUGGUGAGAGGCUCCAGGACGGUGAGUAAUCAAGUGACACAUAAGUUGGUGGUGACACUUGGAUUCAAAUCUGGGAACAAUUCAGAGACUGUCCCAAAGAUGGAAGACAGGAUAGACUAUAAAAGGACAAAGAGAAAGGAUGAGAAAGAGACAGGGAAAGAGAAAAAACAGGAAGAGAGAGAGAUUUAAAUCAUCGAUUUGGCACUUUUUCCUACUGGGAAAACAAAAAUAUGUUCAAUUUUAGAGGAAUGAGAAAGGGGGAGGAAGGAAACAAAAGCCCCCCACAGGAUGAUAGCUUUUGCAGCUAUAAAUAACUGUCCCCAAAGAAAACACCUGUCAAGAUGCAUUCAGUCUCAGGGAGACGAAUUGUGUCUCCAGUCUCAGUUGAUAUUUGAAUGGCUUGGAGGGGUGAUGGGGAGAAGGGCAGAAAGUUGAUGAAUGUAACACAGAAACCUAGCUCCGCUUUUCCCCAAAUGCAGUAAAAGCAUGCAAGCAAGGAGAGCUGUAAAUCUGAGUGAUAAUAAUAUCCGACUCCGCAAAAGCAACAUGUUUAUUUAUCAUGUUUGCACGUUUACUAUUUCCCCUCAAAUUUACAGUCUGCAAUCUGCUGGCAUGCAGGGGGUGGGGAGAGAAGCAUGAAAAUGAGAACAAACUGGCAGAACAUCAAGGAGGGAAGAAAUGAUAAAAUACGUAUCCCCUCUGUCCACCCCCCACACCCCGGCUGCCUUAAAUCCACUUCAGAGGUGCUGAUUUAUCCGAGAAGGACUAUGCAUCUCUAUUUCAGACCUCUGACAGCUAAUUGAAAUGAACAGUCAUUAUAGAAUGGAAUGUGUCCCAACAAAAUGAUUUUUGUGUAUUCUGGAGUCAUUUGCUAAACAAUUGUGGGGAAAUGAACGAUCUGCCAGAAGGGAGAUAGAGGGUACAUCAUAGUGGGGCAAGACAUGUGUGCCCUAAUAUUGGGGAUGAAAGGGAGGGGGAGGCAAUUCAGGGGUCAGAUUCUGUUCUAAGACCUGAAGUAGGCACCCAACCCAUACCCCAGUUCCCUGGCCUUCCAAAACACAGAAUGCCCAUGCCUUAUCCCAGACAUUCUGAAUUAGGUUUCCCAAAAGAUGGAGUCCAAGCAUGGAUGAGAAGGAUCUGGUGGGCUUGCUGAGAGGCAAAGUUGUAUUUGCAAUCACCUCGUUGAUAAUUUCUAGCCUUAAUCUAGGCACCACUAUGGCAGAAGCAUUCAAAGGAUUGUUUUCUCAUCCCCACAUUCAUGGCUUUUCAUGCAUUAUGAUCCAUUUAUCCCUACAACUAGCACAGUGCCUGGCACACAGUAGGUGCUAUGGAAAUGCUUGUUGAUUUUCUGAGUAAGUAAAUCAAGGGAUAUUAAAGGCUAUUCAGAGAUAAACCACAAGUUAUGAGCCAAAGUAGGCCUGAAUUGUUCCUGUAGCUGCCCUGAAUUUUCUCUCCAGUAAUACUGAAUCAUUUUUCUGUUCUCUCACCCCCUUCCUAAACCUCUAAAGCUGAUGGUGUGGUGAAGCCCAUUCAUACUGGCUCUCAAAAGCACAUCUCUUCUCAAAGUCAUACUCAGUGCCAUCACAUUGGUAGCUUGAAGUUGGCUGUGGUGAGAAUAAUUACACCAUGGAAAUUGGCAACUGCUACAAAUCAGGUGAGUGGGUUUCUUUCUUUCUUCCUUCCUUCCUUUCUUUCUUUCUUACUUUCUUUCUUUCUUUUGAGAGCCAGUUGGGUAUUUACCAGCACCCCACUGCCUGAAGCACACAGACACACAUGCUAUUUCUAGUCUUUUCCAUGCUUUUACUCGUACUGCCCCCUCUACCUGGAAAGCCUCCUUAAGACUCAUUUCAGGCUCUUUCUCUUCCAAGUAGCCUCCCCUGACCACGAAGACCAAAUUCAGCUCCUUCUCUAACCAGUCACAGCUCUGGAUGUGGCCACUGUUGUGAUCUCCCCAGUAAUCUGGUGUGUGUGUCUCCUCUCUUACCAGAGCAUCAGCUCUGUUAGGGCAGAAACCAUGUCUUUACCUCUGGAUCUCCAUGUGUUUCCUGGCCCAAGCUAGGUGAUGGGCAAAUGUUGACCCAAUGACGGGUUGACCCAGUGAAUACAUAAAUUAUGUUUAACACCAUCUGUCAGCCUGUCAGCAAUCACAGACUUUGGGGUGAGUGGAUAGAAGGAUCCACCUGCCCGGACAAUGGCCAAGAAGACAGGGGAAUGAGAAACUACUCACAGUGAUGAUAAUAGCUGAUAUUUAUUGAGUACUAGUUAUAUGCUGGGCACUGUGCUAGGAGCUUCAUAUGUAUAAGGUCAUUGAAUCAUCACCAGAACCCUGGGAGACAGGGACACUUAGUCUCCCCAUUGUACAGUGAAGGAAACCAAGGUUUGGAGAGGUUUAGUAGUUUGCCCAGUGUCAGACAGCUGGGGGAUGAUGGGUCUGGGUUUUGAAUUUGAGCAAUCUAACUUCAGAGUCCAUAUGUUUAGCCACGAUGCUUCAUCAUGGGGAGAUGCAGCCCAAAGCCAAGAAGAAAGGGAUGGCGCUGACAAAGCAACACAGAGAUGGCUGCAGUAGGAGAUGUGGGUAAAAAACAAAUCAUGCAAAUGAUUGGCCUUUCUGGGGCUGAGGACUCACAGGGUGAAAAGGAGGUAGAGACAGGGCUGGGAGCUGGUGCUCCAGACAACUCUGGGUUCUUAGUGGCAAGGUUGGUUUAUAGGUUCCCAUGGCAACUGCCAAGCAAUAAUCUCUUAUUCCACAGCUCGGCGAUUCUCUAGAAAGUCUUUCCCACUCUUUCACCACUACUUCUCCCAGCCAUUACAGGCAAAGUGACAGCUUCUUCCCCAGGACAGACUGCACUGGAGAAGAAGAAAAAUCCCAAGACUCUUUCAUGAUGAUGAUGGAGGAGGAAAAUUUGAGUGGGGGUAGAAGGAAGGAGAAAGAGGGGCUUAACACCUCACAGGUCCAAUCAUCAGCCUGAGAAGAGACGGCAGAAAGGGAGUUUUCAAAUCAUCUUAUAAAUCUCAUAGAAACAAUGAACUGUCUUUCCAGAAAAAUGCACAUAUUCUCAUGCAUACAGUUUUACAUAGAGUUUCAAGGAGCAUGUAUGCUCCUUGGGGCCUAAAGUAGGAAAUUAAAAGGCAUGUAAACCAGUGGUUUCCGAAGUAGGGCAGUGGAACCCUACCUUCAAUCAAAACCAAAAGUGAAAUCCUCAUCUCUACAACAGUGGUUCUCGAUUGGGGAAUUUUGCCCUGGGGAUAUUUAGCAAACUCUGGAGACAUUUUUGGUUUCCACAACUUGUGGAGGGGGAGGUGCUACUUGCAUCUAGUGGGUGGAGGCCAAGAAUGUAGCUCAAUAUCCUACAAAGCACAGAACAAACGCCACAACCAAGAAUGCUCUGGCCCAAAAUGUCCAUAGUCCCAAUGCUGACAAAUCCGGAUGUAAUAAAAGGGGAGCUGCUCAUUCAUUCAUUCAUCCAGUGAAAUUCAUUCAGUGAUUUCAUUCAGUGGGUGGGAAGUGGGGUAUGAAGCUACUCUAGCACCAGACUAACCUGACUUACUUUUGGACUCAGCUGUGGAACUUGGGACCAGCUGCCAAACAUCUCAGAGCUUCAGCUUCCUCAUCUCUAAAAUGGAGAUUAUCAUGGAAUAUAACUACUGGGGUUCUUGUCCUGGGCACAGUACUACAUACACAGUGGGGGGAGGGUAAAGCAAAGGUAUUUGUUAUUGUCACUGAUUAUUCCUGAUGUUGUGGAAGAUUUUGCAAAUAAGGAAUUCAGUUUGUAAUGACUCGGAAAAGUGUCUGGCAUGGGCUAGCAUGAGGGACCAAGAACUGCUAUAGGCUGAUCUGUUUGUGUCUUCCUGAAAUUUAUAUUUUGAAGCCCUAAUCCCCAACGUGAUGGGAGGUGAGGCCUUUGGGAGGUAAUUAGGAUUACGUUAGGUGAGGAAGGCGGGGCCCUUGUGAUGGGACAAGUGCCCUUAUAAAAGGAAGAAGAGGCACAAGAUCUCUUUGUGUCAUGAGAAGACACCGCAAGAAGACGUGCAUCUACAGACUAGGAGCUUGUUUCUCAACAGACACCAAACAUGCUGGCAUCUCGAUCUUGGACUUUCCAGUCUCCCCCUUUGUAAAACCAGAGCACUGAACUGGGCGAUUCCCUAAAAAUCCAGUCAUCCCUGGACGGGACAACUAGGGGUAUAUGUGCAAUGUACAAUCACACAGGCCAACCCACUGGGGAGUAGGGCCUGGAGGGGGAAGAGCCUUGCCCCAAACCAUAUUCACACCUAUGUUCCCUGUUGUCAAAACUAUGAUUUGCAGAACAGUCACCCACCAUGUGCCCUUUCUCUGUGUGUUGACAGGCUAAAUGGACUAAGGCCACUGGGUCCUGAUGGGAGGCUGACAGGAACCUGACCUGGGGAAAAAUCACACCCCAUUCCUCCUCUUGGUUUGCAUCCUGGAAUGCCAGCCAUCCACCCUUCUUCUGCCUCCUAGGGCUGUAGAGAAAAUGUUUAAUUAAUAAACACACCUUAAAAACAA